CGCACAUCCUGCUGUCACUGACGCGUGGGCGAGGAUCGGUGCACACCUGUGUGAGCUCAUAAUUACCCACAGGUGGAGUCUGUAGAACCGGAACGACCUCCUCUUACAGAACACACACACCCGGAAAAACCGGCUUGAUCCGCACCCGUGACAGGGCCUGAACCCGGGACUCAACCAGAGGUAUCAGACCGGGGCAAGAAGAAAAUUAUUUAAAAACCCUGAAUUAAUAAUAAAGCAGGUACAAGACUACAGGUACCGGACUACAGGUGUGUCAGACUCAGCAGGUCCAAGACCGGGAUAUCGACCGGGACCAGUGCCAGUUUCAGUGUUGGCAGGUCAGACAGGUCUGUGAAGAAGCAGGGAGACCUGGAAGCCCUGCAGCUGGAGUCUAAACCCCGAAUCACCAGAAAGUCCACUUCACGCUCCCGGCUAGCUGUUAGCUCUGUUAGCUUCUAGCUGUUAGCUCUGUUAGCUUCCAGACGGUCAGCCCCUGUCUGCAGCUAGCCGCUAACAUAGCUUAGCUCACUCCGUUAGCCUAGGUAUGAGGCUGAAGGUGGGCUUCAUUCUGCGGACUCUGCUCGUCGUGGGGACGUUUCUGGGUCUGGUGGUUCUCUGGUCGUCCAUGUCCCCCAAACCCAGCGAGGACGACCCUUUCGGAAAACAGGAGGAUGCCGCCCUGCCCAGAGCAGACCCUGCAGACCACUUUAAGCCUGUGGUGCCUUGGCCUCAUGUGGAGGGGGUGGAGGUCGACCUGCACGCCAUCAGACUCAAACGUGAGCCCAACAACCCAGAGAAACCAGAACAGCAGCUCAACCAGAAGCAGGUGAUACAGCAGCAGUACGUGACGUUCAAACCCCAUACUCAUGCCUACACCAGCCCUGUACUGAAGAAAGGCAUCCUGGGAAACUUUGAGCCUAAAGAACCAGAGCCUCCGGGGGUCCCUGGUGGUCCUGGAGAGGAGGCCAAACCCUUUGUCAUGGGUCCAGAGUACAAAGACACCGUGCAGGCCUCCAUCAAGGAGUUUGGCUUCAACAUGGUGGCCAGCGACAUGAUCUCUCUGGACAGAAGCAUCAGUGACAUUCGCCAUGAAGAGUGUAAGUACUGGCACUAUGACGACAGACUGCUGACCUCCAGUGUGGUGAUCGUGUUUCAUAAUGAAGGCUGGUCUACACUGAUGAGGACCGUCCACAGUGUGAUCAAGAGGACCCCCAGGAGAUACCUGGCUGAGAUCGUCCUUAUCGACGACUUCAGCAACAAAGCCCACUUGAAGGAGCGUCUGGAGGACUACAUCAAACAGUGGAACGGUCUGGUGAAACUGUUCAGGAAUGAGAAGAGAGAAGGACUGAUCCAGGCCAGGAGCAUUGGAGCCAACAAGGCCACUAAAGGACAGGUGCUGAUCUACCUGGAUGCUCACUGUGAGGUUGGAAUCAACUGGUACGCUCCUCUGAUCGCUCCUAUAUCAAAAGACAGAACUGUGUGCACAGUGCCUCUCAUAGACUAUAUAGAUGGUAAUGAGUACAGCAUGGAGCCCCAGCAGGGUGGAGAUGAAGACGGUCUGGCCCGGGGAGCGUGGGACUGGAGUCUGCUGUGGAAGAGAGUCCCACUGAGCCACAGAGAGAAGGCCAAGAGAAAACACACCAUGCAGCCCUACCGAACGGUGUGUACGGUGCCUCUGAUCGACUCCAUUGAUGGCCAGAAGUAUACCAUCAGCCCCCAGGGCGGAGGAGAUGUGGACAACUUCGCUAGAGGUGCCUGGGACUGGAGCAUGCUCUGGAAGAGAGUCCCUCUAGGAGACAGAGAAAAAAGACUCAGAAAGACACACACUGAGCCAUAUAGGUCUCCAGCCAUGGCGGGGGGUCUGUUUGCUAUAGAGAGAGAGUUCUUCUUUGAGCUGGGUCUCUAUGAUCCAGGACUGCAGAUCUGGGGAGGAGAAAACUUUGAGAUAUCCUACAAGAUCUGGCAGUGUGGUGGUCAGCUGCUCUUUGUGCCGUGCUCUCGGGUCGGUCAUAUCUACAGACUGCAGGGUUGGCAGGGUAACCCCCCUCCUGCACACGUCGGAUCCUCCCCCACUCUGAAGAACUAUGUGCGUGUGGUGGAGGUGUGGUGGGAUGAUUAUAAGGACUACUUCUACGCUAGUCGUCCUGAGACUCUCACGCUGGCCUACGGAGACAUCAGUGAGCUCAAACGCUUCAGGGAGGAGCAUCGCUGCAAGAGCUUCAAGUGGUUCAUGGAGGAGAUCGCUUAUGACAUCCCUUUGCACUAUCCUCUCCCUCCUAAAAAUGUGGAGUGGGGGGAGAUCCGAGGCCUUGAGACCAGUUACUGUAUCGACAGUAUGGGACACACUAACGGGGGCAGCGUGGAGAUCGGACCCUGCCACAGGAUGGGGGGCAACCAGUUGUUCCGUAUCAAUGAAGCUAACCAACUGAUGCAGUAUGACCAGUGUCUGACCAAAGGACUAGACAGCUCAUCUGUCAUCAUCACACACUGUGACCAGAACCAACACACUGAGUGGAAGUACUUUAAGGAUCUGCAUCGGUUCACUCAUGUGCCAACAGGAAAGUGUCUGGACCGCUCUGACCUGCUCCACACAGUCUCCAUCUCAGACUGUGACACCAGUAAAACCAGUCAGAGGUGGGAGAUGAACAACAUCGUGGCUGUGUGACCGACUGGGACUCGAACAUGGAAACUAAAACACACCUGUCAGACUGUGACACUUAACACACACACACACAUAAACACACACACACACACACACACACACACACACACACACACACACACACACACACACACAAUUGUAAAACUCCUGCUGGUCUGAACUGGAUCCAUACUGGUCUUUGAUUGGUGGUUUGGGGCUCUCAGGUGUUUCAGACCUCUUCUCUUUGAUUUAACGUAGUAAACUGUCUGCUCUCAUUGAACCUCUCUAAUCAAUCCAUCAGCUCACUAACCAAAGAAUCAUGCUAUUGGUGGAGGAGUCAGUGACAUCAUCAGGGGGCGUGUCACUGCAGGUUCAGGCUCAGGUACAGACUGGAUCAGGAUGUUUACCUCAGAGAGCUCUCGGGUGAGACUGCAGGAGAGUUUAGCGUCAGUACUAACACGGAGAUAAAGUGGUCUGAUCCUGAUCAGUCAGACAACAUGAACCAUAUGAGACCAGAACCAGCAUCACACGUAGACCUGACACUCUGUCUAACUGAACUCUGUUUCCUCUCUCUUCACAUCACAUUCACUCCAGACUCUGAAACACUCUCAUUCGUUCUGUCAGUCUGCUCACACUCCUCUGACCUCUGACCUCUGGGUCUGAAAACAGCCAGCAGGGUCUGAUCCCUCACACAGUGUGCCAUGUCCGACCCCCGCACUCCUCCGUCACACUCCCUUUAUUUAUCAGACUGGAUCCAGUUCUUUCUGCUGAUCAGCGGUGAUGGGUCAGCUCUCACAGGCUGUGAUGUUGGUGUGAGUGAGGAUGUCUCCUGCCUUAUGACGGACUGAUGAAGGUUCAGUGUCUGACCAGCUGACUGUGACUCUGCCUGACGAUGGUACUCACUGUGUUGUUUUGGGGGUGGGGGGGUUAAUACAUGACUGAGAAGAUGUUUGUUUGUGGGGGGGCUCAGAGGGUUUGGUGAGUGGACGAUCAUGUAUGCAAUGUUUUGUACAAUGUAAAUAGAUUCUUUGUAAAGACUCUGAAUCAUUUUGUGAAGGGCCUGAAUGAUGUAAAUAUUUAACUUAUGGCAGAGAUUUAAUAUGGGGGGGUGAAGAGCGAAUAAACACCUGAUUUUUACAGCUCA